GUGUACACACACCAAGUAGCUGCGUGUGUGAAUAUAUAGACGAUUGAGUUGGUUGGGGUUGAGACGGGCCAGCCCAGCAGUGACGACGAGUGGGAAAAUCAUCUUUUGUGUGUCGAUGGAAAAUUGUGACGCCAGUCGGCCAACAUCCACGUGAUGGAACGCACACUCAUCAUCUCUUAUUCACGGCAAUCUAUUAACUGAAAAAAAUUAAAUUACCAAAGUUUUUGAGUGAAAUCGAAUCAAGUGAAGUGUCGGUUAGUGAUUUAAUUUUUUUUAAACAUUUUCAUCUUGAAUUGAUUGUAAUUCAAUCGAAUUAUCGGCAAAGAAAAAUGCUGGUUCAACAUCUCAAUUCAUCUGGUCAUCACCAUCACCACCAGCAUUUGAUGGCCGGCAAAGUUGGCGGACACCACCACAGUCUGCACAAUCUGCACCAAUCAACCGUUCAGCAACAACAACAACAGCAACAACAACAGGGUGGAGGAGGCAAGCCGCAACAACAACAGCAACAACAUCACCACCAUCUGAGCAGCAGCUCGGGAUUCCUGCACUCGCUCCAGCAGCAUCCAUCGGCCACAUCUUCCGGCAGUCACGAAAGCGACGAGAGCCUCUGCCAGGAUCAGCACUCGGGUCAUCCGCAGCAGCAGCUGGGCGGCGUCCAGCAGCAACAGCAGCAGCACGUCAAGAGUCACGGAGUCUCAUCCAACACGACGGCCUCGUCGACUUCGUCGUCGUCGGUGAAGCAGAAGAGGCACAGGACGCGGUUCACGCCGGCCCAGCUCAACGAGUUGGAGCGCAGCUUCACCAAGACGCACUACCCCGACAUUUUCAUGCGGGAGGAAAUCGCCAUGCGCAUCGGACUCACCGAAUCCCGCGUUCAGGUUUGGUUCCAGAACCGACGGGCCAAGUGGAAGAAGCGCAAGAAGACCAACAAUGUCUUCCGGUCUGGCAACAAUAACGGGAGUGGAGGUGCGGGAGGUGGAUUGAUUCCGUCGCACGUUUUGCCACCGUUCGGUUCCGGUAACGCCGGAAGCGGAGCAACUGCGUCGGGCACCAACGGCGGAGGUGGCGGAGGCGGAGGCGGACAGGCGACGGGACUAGCCGUCGAUCCUUUGUGUUCGCCGGCCUCGCUCUUUGUCAGCACGGCAGCCGAUUCCGGCCGUUGGGGAGUGGCUUCCGGUUUGAGCCCGUUGGGGUCGUCGGGCGGUGGCAUGUCAUUGGCCGGCUUCGGGAGUCCGUCCCUGUCGCAAUUGAACCAGCUGAGUAACGCACUCAACAAUCACCACAGCCACCACCCACCCACGCAAUCGAGCGGUGGGGGAGGAGGAGGAGGAGGAGGAGGAGGAGGAGGGAUCAUGUCACCGUCAUCUCUGAUGAACUCGCCCGGCUAUCAAACGGCCUACUCUUCCACCACCAACGGAAGAUUGAGUUCGUCGUCGAUUCAAACGGGCGAAUUGAACGAUUUCGGGGGGACGGGCCGAGGUGGCAACGGCCAACACUUGACGGGCGGCAACGGGACGAUGGAGCAGCAGCAGACGGCCGAGUCGCUGGCCGCCCAGAAUCUGGUCAACAGUUACGUCAAGAACGGCGGCUACAGCGGCUACGAGCAGCUGCUCCAACUCUCCACCAACGGCAAUUACUUCCAGGACUGUCUCACCUCCCACCACCACCAUCACCACCACAUUUCACACUCGAACCGGCCGCCGCCCGCACAGCGUCACCUGUCCCACCUCCUCAACGACAAGGAUCCCGGCGGCGGCGGUGGAGGGACAGACAGCGGCUCCUACGAGAACAACAAUCAGCAACAACAACUCUCACCACCCAUCUAAACUUUUCUUUUUCUUUUUUUAAUUCAAUAUUAUAUCCCAAAAAAUGUCCUCGGGGCGACUCAAAGCCUUUUUUUUUCUUUUUUUCUUUUAAAAAAUAACAAAAUCCGCAAAUUCCUUUUUCUCUGAAAUGUUUCUUUUUUUCUUUUUUAAAAAACCAUUUUGAAUUUCUCUCCGAUUCGUUUUUUUAAAAAACAGAAAUUUAUGUGGCCGAAUUUGUUUUUCUUCCAUGUCCUUCCUAUGGCUGUGUGUGUGUGUGUGUGUGUACUGUACACUUUCGUUAUAUUAAAGAAAACAAAAAACAAAUUUUCAAUGUGCAUGCUUUUCCCAAAUGUUUUUCAAUUGUUUUUUUCGUGAUUGAAGAUAUGAUGAAUUGGUGCUCCAACCAAAAAACAAAUAUUAUGACGUAAGACAUUCCACAAAUAAUUCUUUGUAUCCAAAUCAAACACACACACAAAAAAAGGUCAAUGUCGUUCUUCUUUUUUUCUUGUCGCCCCCAGAAUUAAUGAGAUGCAAAACACACACACACACCAAAGUUAAACAAAAGAAAAUGAGAGAGAAACACAUUUUUUAGAAAAUAUUUUCUUUGUUCGAAUUGAUGUUUCCACACACACGCGCGUGCAAUCCCUUUUCCCCUGUUUCUAUAUAUAAUAAUUAUCAUUAAUUAAUUUAUAUCAAUUCAUUAUAUAUCUGUAGUGUGUGAUUGGUCCGUGUGAAUGUCCGGCAUCGAGGAGAAACGCUCACAACUGCGGGGUAUAUAGAGGAAACUCACGGCACGUCAACUUUCAGCACCUCCCACCCGCAACAAACAAACAAAACUGUGAAAUUGAUUUUGAAAAUGAACGGGCAAAGGGGAGGGGCCGGUUUAAGUGCAAAAAUGGAAACAAUACAAUACCAAAAGAUCCUGUAAUAUCAAUUCAAUGGUAAUUUCUUUCUUCUUUACACUAAUGAAAUGAAAGUGACCUUAUACGAUUUUAGACCCCUCACCUCUUCGUCACAUAAAUUCUACCCACUUGGAAUAUUACAUCACAAUCCACAGACCCUCUUUUCUUAAAUUAAAAAUUUCUAAUUAAGCUAUAAAUUCUCAAUUCAGGACGU